CAACAGCAUCUUUCUGACAGCUGCUGUAUCCUUGUUUAGACUUUCUGUGAAAGCAGAGAAGCGUGUGAAGAUAGAAUCUUUUAUAUCGUCUUAAAAACGCCCAAACUACAAAGUUUUAGCAUAAAGAAUUAGGAAUCAGGGAGAUCCAAGGUCACCUGCCCUGUGUCUUUGUGUUCUCUCUGAUAAUCUAAUAGCAUCCUCAGUGUGACUUCAGCUCAGUUACUUCACAGCUCUGCUGUGAUUGGACGGUUUGUUUGAAUGGAGCUCUGCAGCGCAACCAGCGGUCGAUGUUCAGCAGCAGCGGUUCACUCUGCUGUUCACCUGCUGGAGGAGCAGACCGGACAACUCAGAGGCUCCCGAGCAACACGAUGGACGGACGAAACACUGCAAGUCUCCAAGCAGGAUUACAGAUCUAAUCUAAGCUCCCUCUUCAUCAUCUCUGUCUUCAGUCUCCCUGAGUUCUCCAUCAGACAUGGUUCUACCAGAAAAGCCCUCCAGAACUUCUGCUCCUAACAAGCUCCAGGAGCAGCGGGCCCUGCGGCACCAGAACCUUCCCUCCCCGGCCCUCUGCUGCGCCUGUGGACUCUGCAUCAUGCUGGCCGGCAUCAACAUCACCCUGGUGGGAGCUUUCGCCUUCAGCACCUUCAUCCCCACUGCCAACCCCCCCAUCAUCAUCGGGCCUCUGCUCCUGCUGCUAGCGCUGGCUUUCUUCUCGGCCUGCUGCGUGGUCAGCAGGAGGCCUCCGGCCCACAUGGCCAGCCGGGCCAAAGGAGGCGAGAAGUGGGGGCUGAUGAGGAUGGGGACGGCGGCUUUCGAGAUGGAGACGAGCGAACACACCCUGCAGGACACGACGGCCGUCCAGCUCAGCCCCACCAACACCCCCAGCUCCUCCCACAAGUCCAGCUCCAGCCAUGGAGAUCCUGCUGCUGCUCUGCCUUCCUGCCAGGAUGGAGCCGCAGAGCUGCUCAUAUCAGAGACGUCUGAUAUGAGAGUCACUGCAGAUAAACCGACCCUGACCUCUGACACCAAGAAACCCCCUUCCACACAGAACUCCUCUGCUGCGUAACGUGGACUUUCUGCUACCUGUCUGAGCAUCUGAUCAUUGUUUCCGUUUAUGGUCUGUUACAGCAUCACCUGCCUGAAUGGAGCUGCAGGGGUGAGCUGAUUAGUCAGUAACUACAACUGCUUUAGUCAUUUUCAGCAAAAAAGUCAAAUGUUUGUCAGUUCUGACUCUUCAGAUGCAAAGUUUUCUUGCUGUUUUUGUCAAACGUGAUGCUCAGCUGAUUAAUGCAUUGGCCUAUGAAAUAUCAUUACAAUUAUUUUACUUUUUUCUUACAAUUUGCAGAUAAAAUUAUCAAUAAAUUAGUAGAAAUUUCACAGAGCUGCAGAUUUGAUGCUUUUUUUUUAAUCACAUAUGACCAUCAACUGAUUUUUUUUAAAACAAGACCUGUGAAAUUAUAAUCUACAUUUCUCACUGUUUCCUGCCAUUUUGCAGACAAAAUGAUAAAUAAUUUAAUAGAAAUCUCACAAAGCUGCAGAGCUGAUGCUUUUUCUUGUCACACAUGACCAUAAAAUGGUGAUUUUUUUUGACAAAACAAGACCUACUGUGAAAUUACAAUUAUAACUUCUCACUGUUUUCUGCUGUUUUGCAGAUAAAGUGAUGAAUCAAAAUCUUAGAGAGCUGCAGAUAUGAUGUUUCUCGUCACAGACGACCAUAAAGUCAAUAUUUUUGACAUUUUUUAGAAAAACAAAGCUUACUGUGUAAUUAUAUCAGCAUGUUUUGCUAUUUCAUAACAUUUUUUUUCUGGGAAAAUGAUGAAUUAUUUAAUAGAAAUACAAAGGAGUCUGCAGAUUUUAUUAUUAUCUUUGUCACAUAUGACCAUAAAGUGAAUUUUUGGGGAGAAAUCAGGACUUACUGUGACUUUAUAACUCAUAUUUUUAACUAUUUUCUGCCAUUUUGCAAACAAAAUUCUGAAUCAGUUAAUAGAAAUUUCACAUAGCUGCAGAUGGGAUGCUUUUAUCUAUCUCACAUGACUGUGAAGUGAAUACUUUGGCUUUUUUUUUUUAACAUACACAACUCACUGUGAAAUUAUAACUGAUAUUUUUCACCAUUUUUUGCCAGUUCGCAAACAAAAUGAUCAAUCAAUUAUCUGAAAUUUCACAGAACUGCAGAUCUGAUGCUUUUCUUUGUCACGUACGACCAUGAAGUGAAUAUUUUUUGGUGUUUUUUUGUAACAAAACAAGACUUACAUUGAAAUUAUAUCAGCAUGUUUUGCUAUUUUCCAACAUUUUUCUGGCAAAAAAUAUGAAUUGAUUAAUAUAAACCUUGCAGUGCUUCAAAUUUCCUGAUAUUUUUAUUAUUUUAUUGUCAGAUAUGAUCGUAAAGUGAAUAUUUUGGGAUUUUAUUUUGGCAAAACAAGACUGACUGUUAAUAUAUUCUGCUACUUUUCAGACAAAAUAGUUUACAGACGCAAUGCUUGACUCCCUGUAGAUGUAGUGUGUGAUUUACAGGACUGAUUGGUAUUUUUUAAAUAUGAGACUACAGAUAAAAGGCGCUGAUAGAGAGCCAUCCAGCCUGUAGACUAAAAUGUAUUGUGCAGAACCUUCAGUGUGUGAAGUUACUACGUGUUCAUUUCUCUGUUCCAGGACUCGUGUCGCCUUGCCAAGGAACAGAAACAAGGAAAGGGGAUGAUACCUUAAUCCAAGUGCCUGUUUGUGUCACUCUUGUUGUAUAAAAAUAUCCAGUUAAGGCAGAUUAUCCCGUAUUCACGGCCUGUGGAUUGACUGUGGUCAGUGUUUGCCACCUUAAACGUGGUGGAAACAGGAUGAGUUUGUCCAGCUGAGCUCCUCUGAGUCCUAAAAGCUGUUCCUGUGUAAGCUGCUAAGUCUCAGCCACAGUUUUCUCACAACUAUUAUUCUUUUUCCUGCUUGCAUCAGCUGCUGUGAAUACCGGUGUAACCUUGAGAUGUGUUCCUCUGUGCCUGUGUUGUAGCGUCAUGAUCAUAAGAGUAACGGCAGAUGUUGCAUUUUUCUAAAUAAAGGUGAAAUUCUA